UGCACCAAGCUGUCGUCGUUGCCCAAUAUCUACACCGAAAUAAACAACACUACCUUCAACAUGGCUGACAAAGACGUAACAGAGCUCACCCCCGCCGAGGAGGCCGCUGCCCGCGCCAAGGAACAAGCCGAGCAGGAGGCUCUCCCCUACAAGUGGACUCAGACGAUUGGCGACGUUGACAUCACCAUUCUCGUCCCUGGUAACCUAAAGGGCAAAGAUAUGGUGGUUGAGAUAAAGAAGCAGUCUCUUACGGCUGGUAUUAAGGGUCAAGAGCCCGUCAUCAAGGGCGACCUCCCCCACCCGAUCCUCCUCGACGAUUCUACUUGGACGCUGUCCCCCGCUCCCGACGGUCAAAAAGCCCUGGAGAUCCAUCUCGAAAAGCACAACAAGCUCGAAUGGUGGCCGCACGUAGUCAUCAGCGCCCCGAAAAUCGACGUGAGCAAGAUCGUCCCCGAGAACAGCAAGCUGUCGGACCUCGAGGGCGAGACGCGGGCAAUGGUGGAGAAGAUGAUGUACGACCAAAGACAAAAGGAGAUGGGGUUGCCGACGAGCGAUGAGCAGAAGAAGAUGGAUAUUUUGAAGAAGUUCCAGGAGCAGCAUCCGGAGAUGGAUUUUAGUAAUGCGAAAAUUCAGUAGAUGAGCGAAAGGAGGAAAGGGGGAGGGCAGUUGGAGAUACUGAGAGGAUUUGGGGGAGAGGAGAAGUAAAAGGUGAUGAUCAUGAUAACGAAGCAUUAAUGACUUGAAAAU